AUUAUUUUUCUUCUUGUUUAACGACUAUCGUUUAAUUCUUUAUAGAAUCAUAAAAUUAUUCGACGCUCUCUAAUACAUUAAACACGUAAAAACUACACGUAAUGUGCAGCUAUAAUAAACAAUGAUCUUUAUGCUUUUCUUUAUGUCUGCUGCAGUUCCGUCAAAAGGCUUUCACAAUUGUUUACACGGCCUAAUCAAACGUUACACACACACACACACACACACACACACACACACACAUCUAUAUAUAUACAUAUAAAUGCGUAUAUAUAUAGACGAUUACAGUGUUUGCAUAAAUCCGCGUGACCGAGUGUGCUCGCAGCCCGAGGUUAUCUCAUCGCGUCUACCAGAUUUCAUUUACCGUAGCGCGCGACUUGUCAUGUUCGAAUUUGCGAUAAUGACCAUCGAAUGAACCAUAUUGACUGAUAAUGCCAAUAUGAAGAAAUGUGGCCACAGAGAGUUAAGCAGUACGCUCUCAAGCGACGUUUAAUCUACACGCAUUCGAUAGCAUUAUCGAUAGUUUAAUAUCAACUUGAAUAAUAUUAAGUACGAUUAUAUUUUUAUAUUCAGUAUGAUAUUAUAUUUUAUUACAUCAAAUUAUUUUAAGUAUAUUACAUUAAACGUAGACACAUAUUUAUUCCUCAAAUUACAUACGUAAAAGUCUCGAUAUAAAUUAUAUAGCACGAAUUAUGUCCAUCUAAAUAGAAUUUAUUUAUAUUUUAAGUAUUUUUUUAUUAAAGUUAUUACGUCAAUCGUUACGCAUGCAUAGUACGAUGUUAAUUUGUUAUUUCAUAUUCUAUUUUCUUCGUUACUUAAUUAAAUCUCGAGAUAAAAUAGCGCUGGCCCUGUCAGUCUUAUCAGAGAAUAUACCGAGAGCGAAUACACGUCGAAGCUAAGGAUCAAGUAAAUAUUAAAUCAUCUUCGCGAAAUCGCCCGCAGUUAUAAUUAUUUCUCAUUCGACCUUAUCAUACACUUAUAAAUGCUUACGUUGCAUCGUUAUUCCUUUUUAUCGCGCUUGGAUUCACACAUUUUUGCACUACUGUAAAAUAAACUGUAAUCGUAAAAUAUCGUAAAAUAAUUUUCCAAGUGUCACUCAAUUUUUUUUACUGGAACUGACUUGUGCACAUUCACGCCCUUGAAAACUAUAUCUUGAUUCUCCACUUAUCUUCUAAUAUAAUUUUUAGAUUUUGAUAAAUUCCUCGUAAGAUCAGCACGAUGCACAGUGACCAAAUCUUGAAGAAAUGGUCAAAAUAUUAAAAAAUGAUCAAAUAUGAAAGCAUUCAAUUUGUAUGAAAUUUAAUAUAUAGGGAUUUUUGAAGGUACUGAUUACGAAUCCAAAGUCAAAAAUAAAUAAAAAAACAAAACUGAAUAUAAUGAGAAAAAGAAAAAUUUGUCAAAAUUUGUACAGCUCAUCAUUUGUCAUUCUGUAAAACGGAGUCUCUUGUUGAAAGCAAGUAGAAUAUUAUCAUACAUCACACAAACAAUAAUAAUAGUACACAAAUUAAUAGCUUAACAAUAUUUUUAAUAGAAAGAAAUAAAAAAUUAUACUUUAAAUCCUAAAAAAAACUUUGUUUUUUUACUUUUGACCAGUUUUUCAGGAUCUGGCCGCAAUGUGCGACGGUGUAUGAUUGGCUUUCGUAAACGCGUGAGACGAUACGUAAAACAACACGUCUUGUAGGUUUUUGUCCUUUUAGCCGUCGUUUACUUGCAUUCUUUAUCUUUGUUUUUUUUUCCUGCGCGCCUUAUUUACGUCAAAUUUGAAAAAUUUUAGCCAUCAUGUAUUUUCUUUUUUACCCUUGCGAACGACAGUUACCUCGCUCCCGUUCGCGUCAAAUGUUCUAAAUCCAUGAAGCUGGAUUUAUCGCGUUUUACGUAAAUAUGGAAGAACCGUUUCACGAACAACAAUCGUGACAAUUCCAUGUUUCGCGGGCAUCGCAGAAAGAUACGGCACUAUUUUUCUCAGAUAAAGAGAUGUGACCGUGCGUCCCGUGACCAAGGUUCUUAUCGAUUAUAAUAGAUUACGUCUGCAAUAAAUAACUGAACUUUUUCAAAAUGUGAAAAACCUGUCAGACUUAAACCCGCAUAACAGUAAAAAGACAUUCGACAGUCGCGACAAUUAUAAAAAAUUAAUCGGAAACUACUUUGCGUUAUCGGCAAGUAUUCGUUAUCGCCGUAUAAUCACACGCUAUCAGAAAUGAUCCUUCAGUCACAUGAUCGUCAUUAUUAACAAGAAAUAUCUACAACGAGCGUUUAAAUUUUUUAUUCAUAUUAAUUUUACUUAUAAUUUUAUUUUAUUUUUAAUUGUUUAUUAAUAUUCUUUAAUUCUACUUUUUUCUUUAUAUAUUAUCGUCAAAUAUUUCCACCGAAACACAGUUGCGAUCAAUAAGCUCGUAACAACGAGUAAAGAAAAAUCACAUUCUCCCUGUGCCGAUAAAUUCAGCAAAUCGCGAUCAAUUCUUCUUCCGCUCAUAAACAAUCAGUUCACCUAAGCUGUGUCAUUUCCCUUUUUUUAUUAUACGUGUCACGGCCUCAACCUUCUCUACUUUAUUGGACGAAAUUUGUGCGCUUCUAUUCGUCCGCAUGCGCCUUGCUGUUACGCUCUCGGCCCAGCUGGUCUCUCUCUCUCUUUCUCUCUCUUUCUUUCUCCUCGACAAGCGGCGGCCGCCUCGCAUAUAAAGCUUUCGGGACCUGUUGCCGUCAGUACAUUCGCUACGCGCGAGCCGUAACGUAGUCAGUGGACUUUCGUGCGGGCUCGACUCCGCCCUCGACUCGCACGCGGUGGUGCCAUCGGAGCCACGAUCAGGGAAGGUAGACGAAGGGGGUUCUCUAUCGAGAGUACACGGGGGUGCAAGACAGCGAACCGGAAAAGACGGCGGGGACCAGCAGGCAGAUGCAUCGCACGCGGAGGAGGAGGAGGACCCUCGUGGGCUUUUACGUGAUCGGACGCACGAUCGGCGUCCUAGCUUGCAGUCUCUGAGAGUAAAGUACUCGAGGAUCAUUGACAUCCUCGGAAAAAAAGAAAAAACAUCAAGAGAGAGAGAGAGAGAGAGAGACAGAAAGUUCCGUGGCCCGUGGACGACCACCGACCUUGCAGCAGCAAGGCGGAGAAUUCCCGUAGGGAGCGAUGAGCCACGCACCACGUGAAUGAUACCAACACUGUGAUCAGCGGACUGUGAUAAUAUAUACUACGUUACACAUUAAUACGCGUACCGUACACACCUCAUCUCGGAAGAAGAGAUCGAUCAACGACGAUCAACGUGCACCAUGGCGGAAAAAAACAACGGCGCACAAGAUCCAGAGAAGACCUCGCUGGUGGAUUCGGUACCGCUCCCGAAAAUCCAGUCGGCCGCGCUGCUCAAUGACGAAAAAACGAACCUGUCCGGCGCGAACGGCGCCGUCGCUACCACGAACGGUGAUCCCGAGGACCUGGACCGAACGCCCCAGGGCAGCGCUGUCAAGCAAGUCCUGGCGGCCCUGGUCGCCCAGCUCGGUACCAUCAACACGGGCAUGGCGUUCGGCUUCUCCGCCAUCGCCCUGCCACAGCUCCAGGAGCCAGACAGCAUCAUUCCCAUUAAGGAGGGAUCGACGGAGGAAUCGUGGAUCGCUAGCAUAUCUGCCAUCGGCACGCCGAUCGGUUGCUUGUUGUCCGGCUACAUGAUGGACAUGUUCGGCAGGAAGUUCUCGCUCAUCAUCACGGAAGUUCCGGCGCUACUCGGAUGGUUGCUGAUCACGUUCGCAACUGACAUACGCAUGAUAUAUGCCGGACGUUUUUUCGUCGGUUUGGGCUCUGGUAUGGUGGGCGCACCGGCUCGCGUUUACACCAGCGAGGUAACGCAGCCGCAUCUACGGGGGAUGCUAACCGCGCUCGCGAGCGUCGGCGUCAGCACCGGAGUACUGAUAGAAUAUGCCCUGGGAAGCAUGGUCACGUGGAACAUCUGCGCGGCCAUCAGCGGUAUCCUGCCGCUCACCGCGCUACUGCUCAUGUUCUUCUUCCCAGAGAGCCCGUCCUACCUCAUAUCGCGCAGCAAGCCGGACCAGGCGAAGCAGGCGCUGCAGAAGUUCCGCGGCAGUACUUACAAUGUGAAUCGGGAGAUGGAAACGCUAGUGGAGUUUUCUAACAAGAACAACAUCAAGCGGCUCACCGGGUUCCGGGAGAUUAUGCGCGCCGUGCUGAAGCCCAACGCGCUCAAACCGUUCACCCUGCUGUUUCUGUACUUCUUGAUAUACCAAUGGUCAGGCACUAACGUCAUUACUUUCUACGCCGUCGAGAUUUUCAAGGAUUCGGGAGCGACCAUGAAUAAAUAUUUAGCAGCGGUCAUCCUGGGAAUAGUCCGACUCACCUCCACGAUCGUAGCUUGCGUCCUCUGCAGAAGAUGCGGCAGGAGACCACUCACGAUGGUGUCCUCCGUCGGAUGCGGGCUCUCCAUGUUAGGCUUAGGCGGGUAUAUGUGGCUGAAAGAGUACUGGGUCGCGAACGAUCUGCCGCACGUCGCCACGUGGUUCCCGGUCGUGUGCAUAUUUUCGUACACCAUCACUUGCACACUGGGCUUUCUGGUGAUUCCGUGGGUGAUGAUAGGAGAGGUGUAUCCCGUGCAAGUACGCGGAAUUAUCGGCGGUCUCACCACCAUGUGCGCGCACGCGUUUAUCUUCACGGUAGUCAAGACCUAUCCGUUUCUGGCCAGCGUGCUCACUCGACACGGUACCUUCAUCCUUUACGGGUGUAUAUCCUUGUUCGGUACGAUAUACUUCUACAUAUGUCUCCCGGAAACUAAAGGUAGAACAUUACAAGAGAUCGAGGAUUACUUCUCUGGCAGAAGCAACGCUCUAACCACCGGUAGAAUAAGUAACAAGCCAAAGGUUUUAGAAAUUAAAAAAGGCCAGAUACUACCGUGAAAUAGAGGACCAUUUUUUAAUUGUAUAACUCUUUGCAAUGUUGCCUAUUUUUUGAAAGAAUCUACUUUAGUUAAGAGAAAGGGAACCAUUUGCUUGUUAGCGACUAAGAAUGUUAUGUACUUUUACAAGAGAGAACAAUGAAAUAGGCAAGUACUCUAAAACUUUGACGUUUGCUUUGUGACAAAUAUAUACCUUAGAAAAUAGGAUAAAAUAUUUUUAGACAAAUAAUGACAUAUAAGACAAAAUGAUAUAUAUACACACGUUAUGAUUCUAAUGUUAUAAAAACAAGUUCUUAGAAAGAAAAUGUUAUUAUAUUAUUGUUAUUUAUAAAAUAACAAUGUUAUAUUAUUUUGCGGCAUACCCAGUAUUUGUUCACAAAGCAUGAAGAUAAUUAACUACAUGCAAUUAGCAGUCAUUAACAUUUUUAAUAUCAGAUACACAUACGAGAUAUUAUUUGAACAAAGUAAUAAAAAUAUAUAAAUUUUAAUUAUCCUCCACAAAUUUUACUCAUAAAGACGUAAACCAUGAAAGACCAAUUGUGUCUUGACAACUUAAUUAAUGAAGUAUGCAUGAAUAAAAAAGAUGGUGCUAUUUAUACUUGUAAAUCAUAAUAUUAAACUAUAUUGUAAUGUGUGCUACGUGUAUAACGUUAACGGGAAUCAUAAGCCUAAGACAAAUGCGAAAUUGCGAAAAGUAUCUUAUAUAAAAACCAUUUUAUAAAUUCAUAAGUGUGUCUUGCGUGUCGGCGUUAAAUAUUUUUCUGAACCAGAUAAAAGAUUUUCAAGCAUAUAUAUUCAUUAUAAAGCGCAGUAAUUCAACCGCGUCGUCCGAAAUUAUUUACCUAAAGUAAUCAUAAUGAAGUUAAAAUUUCAUAUAGCUAUACAAACGCCUUAAUGCGAUCGUCACAUAUAUGAAAGUUUCGAUGAACGAAUGACUAUAAAUGAUUAUUUUUUAUAA